AUGGCGUGCAGUGUCAGAAGCUUCCCUACAAUCAAGGCCAUCCGAUCCUUCGUGAUUGGUGGCGUGGGUUCCGGUGGUGACUAUCACAACGUAAAGGGCGGUCACUGGUUGAUCGACAGCGACAUCUCAACACCCUGCUCAAUAUGGGAACAGUAUCGCAAGUCGCGAACGAGCUGGGGUAUCAACAUCUUGGGGUCCUUUCUCGUCGAGAUUGAAGCUUCGGAUGGCACCGUCGGGUUGGCCACGGGGUUUGGAGGCCCCCCCGCCUGCUGGCUUGUUCACCAGCACUUUGAACGUUUCUUGAUCGGGGCAGAUCCUCGCAACACGAACCUCCUCUUCGAGCAAAUGUACCGCGGGUCCAUGUUCUACGGUCGCAAGGGACUGCCCGUGGCCGUCAUUUCCGUCAUCGACCUCGCCAUCUGGGACUUGCUGGGAAAGCUGAGGAACGAGCCCGUGUACCGGCUCAUCGGAGGCGCUGCCAGGGAACGCCUCAACUUCUACUGCACCGGCCCGGAGCCAACCGCGGCUCGCGACAUGGGCUUCUGGGGCGCCAAGGUACCCUUGCCGUUCUGUCCAGAGCAAGGCCACGUCGGUCUCGGAAAAAACGUCGAGUUUCUCCGAAACCACCGAGAGUCGGUCGGGCCCGAUUUCCCCAUCAUGGUUGACUGCUACAUGAGCCUGAACGUGUCCUACACCAUCGAGCUCGUCGAAGCCGCCAAGCACCUCAACAUCAGCUGGUGGGAGGAGUGCCUCUCGCCCGAUGACACGGACGGAUACGAGCAGAUCAAGCGGGCGCACCCUGCCGUAAAGUUCACCACGGGAGAGCACGAGUACUCCCGCUACGGGUUCCGCAAGCUCAUCGAAGCGCGCAACCUGGACAUUAUCCAGCCCGACGUCAUGUGGCUGGGCGGCAUGACUGAGCUCCUCCGCGUAUCUGCCAUGGCGGCCGCCUACGACAUUCCCGUCGUGCCGCACGCCAGCGGGCCCUACAGCUACCACUUUGUCAUUUCUCAGCCAAACACGCCCUUCCAGGAGUACCUGGCCAACUCCGCCGACGGCAAGAGCGUGUUGCCCGUCUUUGGAGACUUGUUCGUUGACGAGCCCAUCCCCACCAAGGGCUUCUUGACCGCAGCAGACCUGGACAAGCCCGGGUUCGGCCUGACCAUCAACCCUGCGGCCAGGUCCAAGUUGAUUCCUUCAGCCUACUUGUUGAGCCCGCCGCCGAGGCCGGCUCUGACGCUCGUCGACCCAGUAGAGACCGAAGAAUGA